UACAUAUAAUAGAAGUCAGGCUUAUUGGUCUGUAGUUACCUGGUUCAGUUUUGUCUCCCUUUUUGUGGAUCGGUAUUACGUUUGCUAUUUUCCAGUCUGUCGGUACAACCCCUGUGUCAAGAGACUGUUGCAUGAUCUUGGUUAGCGGCUUGUAAAUAACUUCUUUCAUUUCUUUGAGUACUAUUGGUACUCAAAGAAAUGAAAGAAGCCCACGCUGGUGCUCUGAUCGAUUGUCUUUUGACUGAGCUGGGGUGUUUUGUUACUGCUGAUACCCGAGUGCAACACACUCCUCUGUCUGUGUUCUCAAUGGGGGGGAUCAAUUCAUGUAAAUGGGGUCCCAUAACAAACCAGAAUACUAGGGGCUUUUUUAGUCUUGGGUUUUUUUUUUUUUAAACUUGCAGGGAUAACAUUGCAACCUUGUUAUCCUGUACUGUCCACAGGGCAUUACAUUAAAAUGUAAUUCUCUGUGGAAUCAUUGGUUCUAGUUUGUAUUCCAUGCCCUUGACUGGUGUUGCAUGAAUGGCAUCUUCCACAUCCUUCCCUGAUUUGAAUUGUUCUGCUACAACGUGAGCUGGGAAACUAGGGCGGCAUGCAAAUAAUGUUUCUGCUGCCUGUCUUCACCUGGGAUGCAGGUCACUGCACAGAUAAUAACAUCUUCUAUGCAAACCAUUAAUGGAGAAACAAAACAGUCUGACAGCUGGUCAGCGAUGAUCUCAGACUGGGUUUGUAAAAGCUGCCGUCAGACUUUAGUACCAAAAGUCAUAGAAAUGAACAGUGUGGAUGAACUGGAACACUUACAUGAUGCAUUUCUGCAUUGUCUGUCCUAAGAGCUUACUGCAGGACAGCAUGGUAAAAGUUCAGUUCCUGGACACUAAUUAGGACCUGUCCAUACCUGAUUGGGUUUGGCAUCGCCCUGGUAUGGGGCAAGUCCUCCUGGUAGACCACAGGUGCUUUGAUUACUCUGGAAGAUGGAACAAUUGGCAUAUUUUACUUGAGCAUGUUGACUGUGAUCAGGACAGGCGGUGGCACCAGCACCAUAUUAGAUACAGGUCCUAAUAAAAUUGGCAGGCAAUGUAAAGGAAAGUGAAUUCAUGCUAGAAUUGCCAGGCCUGCUUCAGGAAGAAUUUCCCAUCAGUGUUCCCCAGCUUGUUUAAUUGUGAGGAGACUUGGUAAGGACAUUCCUAAGCCAAGUAAUGGAGACUAUCAGAACAUGGGAAUAUAUAGCUGCCUGUCUAUAAGUCCAUCCAACUAUACACAUGUAGCACUUGCUUUGUAUACAUAGUGGAGGGAAGUCUUGUUUGACAAAUCCCUUACAUAUGGAAGGCACAAUUAGAGUACAUGAUCUGUUAUUGUUGCACUUUGCAUGUCCAGGAUGCUGCCUUUGCAUAGGUUAUGCUUAGAUUGAUGUUUUUCCUGUCUUUUUUUUUUUUUUUUUUUUCACCAUAGCAAAUCCGGUACCAGAGAACAAAUUCUGGUUUGCGGUGCACUUCUGAAUGAAAAUCGAUGCAAAUUUGGAAUUAUUGGAUUGCGAAUUUGUCAUUGUUUGCAUAUGUGAGGUGUUGGCUGUCUUAUGUGAGGUAUUGGACUGAUUGAAGACAUUGAAACAUAUGUAGUUUUAUUUUACAAUUUCUAAACUGUUUCUCAUAAGCAGCCUAAAAUGUUUUCUUCUUUUCUUUUUUUUUUUUUAUUAUUAACAUUUAUUCACGGCAGUCCUGCGUGGGUCUGAUUUUUACAACCCGCUUCCGACAUGGACCCGCUACUACAGAACCCGACCUGAACCCGCUGCAGCACCGUCUUCUUACCCGCGACCCGACCCAACCCACUUUAAUAAGACCUGCAACACAACUCGCAAGUAUUUGUCCUUUGCCUAGUGCCUGUGUCGACUGGCGCUCUCACAUUCCCACACAGAUAUAUCUACCAUUCUCCACAGAAUGAGUUUAUACAAUUAUUAUUUGUUUAUUUAGCAGACGCCUUUAUCCAAGGCGACUUACAGAAACAACAGGCUGUACAACGUGGUAGCUCUACUUACUUUACUAUAAAAUACUAUUCCUAGUACUAAAUACUAGUCUAUUCCUUUCGUGUCACCAAUUGAAAGGGAGAUACACCUGUGCUUUUGCAGAUAUACCAGUUUUGUGGCUGUCUUACACAUAGUGACAGGUUUUACAAGCAAUGAAUCCAGUCACAUGUUCAUUAUUUUCAUUUGUUAUAAUUCCAAAAGAAUUCUACAUGUCUGAUUUACCUGUCAAACUAUUAUCCACUACAUGAUAUAAACCCUGUGCUAUCUUUUGUUUCACCUAGUCCGCAGGCAUUUUUAUUGUCACCGAGCAGACGUGAUAAAAGGAUCUUGUGACGUAUCAAGCAAGCGGCAAUACAAACCGAGAACACUGCUUAGUCAGCUGACUCCUCCCUAAUCGCCUCCUGCUUUAGUGCAGGAAAUACCAGUGUAGUGUUAUAAAGUGGUACAUCAUCACAAUGUGGUACGCGUACCAAAACUUGACCCAUGUAAUGUUAGAAACUGGUACACUGUCAGAUUUUGGUACAGGUGCAAUCAAUUGAGAUGUGAUGUGUUUUCUUAUUGUCAAACAGAGGUACAUUUACCAUUAAUUAUACAUUAUUUUUUUGCAAACCAUUAAUUAUACAUUUUUUUUUUUUUGCAAACUUAAACUGGAAACAGACAAUCGGUUUGACGAACAAGACAAAAUGAGAAGUCCACCGCAAAGCUGCAGAAGUGAAAAAAUGCACAAGACCCAAUGUAUUGCAUAUGAUAAAUAUUCACAUACUAUUUUUUAAUGGUGGAAAAAUCUGAUAAAUUAAUUUUAAGAAGAUGAAAAAGACUGAAAACAGCAUAAUGUACCAGAUUUGAAUGGACACUAACGUGCUUUCUAAGCGUAAGUUGUUUAAGCAUGCGCGAGCAAGCGCAUUGCGCUGUGUACCACUUUUUAUCCGCGUACCUGAAAAUAACACUACACAGGUACAUUUACCUUCUAGUACGUUAUUUGUGAAAAGGUUUAUUCUUUGACCCGAACUGCAAACCGCGAAAAAGUUCACGUUGCAAUCCGACCCGCUUCUGCGGGUCACCUGCGGGUACCCGACCCGAUGUUUGUUAUUCUGCUGUUCUUAUUUUACACUAAUGAAGGGUAUGCAAAUAUUUCAAAUGCAACACUACAUUUAAACUGCUGCUGGCACUCUGAUUAACUCAAAUGUGGAAAAUACCAGUAGUAUGAACAUUGCUAUUGUAGAACUCUUGACUCUUAAAUAAUGUUCAGUUUGUGUUGCACUAUAUCGUUUAACAACCUACGUUUUUAAAAUAAUUUUACAAUCCUUCCACAAAUCAGACAUGCUGUUUUUCUGAUUAUGCAGUAACCCAAGCGGUAAGCAAAUUAAUUUCAGCGUCAAACCGGCCAGUAUCCCACAGUAUGUAAAUUCUACUAUAGAAAAGCACAUGCAUGCACAUGGUCAGUGUGUAUAAUCUAUACUCUGAGGAACACCAGUCAUGGCCUUUUCUUCUGUCCUCUUAUUCACACGCUUGUGUGCUGUGACCUUGGCUUACUCUGAACCCAGCUGCACAGAAACGCCCGGACCCCAGUUUGAGUUCCAGCAGGACGGUGAUUAUUUGAUUGCUGGAUUAUUCCCUGUUCAUGAAUCACUUGGUAUAACCAGACCAGUACCUGAACUGCAGGACUGCAAUACUGAAAUUUUCAACAAACAUGGUUAUCAUUUGAUGCAAGCCAUGCGAUUUGCCUUGGAAGAAAUAAACAGUGCCACCAGUGCUCUGCUGCCCGGUGUUAAAUUGGGAUACGAAGCAUACGAUAUCUGUUCGGAGUCGGCUAAUAUUCUAGCAACAUUCAACAUCGUGUCCAAGCAGAACGUUGAGCACCAAAAUGAACAGCUAACAACAGAGACGCACAAUGACCCCAAAACUAUAGCUGUGAUCGGACCAGACACCAGCACCUAUGCUUUCACCACAGCGAGCGUAAUGGGAUAUUACCUGAUGCCACAGAUCAGCUAUGAGUCUUCCAAUGAGUUGCUGAGCAACAAACGAUUAUACCCGUCUUUCUUCCGCACUAUCCCCACCGAUAGGUAUCAGGUGAGGGCGAUGCUUCAGCUACUGUCAGAGUUUCAUUGGACCUGGAUUGCCGUCCUUGGAAGUGAUGAGGACUAUGGGACACAGGGGAUGCAGAGUCUAUCUGAACUUGCCUUGAAAUAUGGGAUCUGCGUAGCUUACCAAGCCACCAUACCCUCUUACAGCGAAGACACAAGGGCUCAAAUGCUACAAGUGAUUAAAGGCAUUGUCCAAACCAACGUGAACGUGGUGGUAGUUUUUUCUAGCAAUCGCAAAGCCAGCGGGUUCUUCUCACUGGUCAUCGAGCAGAACAUCACCGACAAAGUGUGGAUUGGUUCUGAAGACUGGUCCAUGUCCACGUUGGUUUCCAUGCUCCCUAAAAUCAAAAGCAUUGGCAGCGUCAUGGGGAUAUCCGUCAAGGCGGCAGUGAUGCCCGGCUUUGCUGAGUUCGAAUCUCUUUCUAUUGAAUCAGAGAACACUAAGGCCAACGAGGAACCAGUGUGCCAGAGUGAAACUUUCUCAGAGAUCCUCGCCUGUUACCAGGUAUGCGACCAGUGCAGGUUGCUGAAUUCUACAGACGUGCCCUCCCUGCUGGAAACCUUCGAUAUUCAAUCUUCAUUCAAUGUCUACACCGCCGUGUACGCUGUUGCACACGCACUGCACCAGUUACUAGGCUGCGACUCUGAAGAGUGCCAAAAAAAACAGGUGCACCCUUGGCAGCUCUUGCAACAGAUUAAACAGGUUAAUAUUUCCAUUCAUGACGCCCCGUUAUAUUUUGAUAAUAACGGAGAUCCCCCUACCGGCUAUGACAUAAUUGCGUGGGACUGGGUCGGUGACAGCGUAUCAUACAAGGUGAUCGGAUCAUACAGCCCCAACCCAGAGAGACUGCUAAUCAACAGAGACUUGAUUAACUGGAAUGCCAAGGACAACAAGACAGUGCCCACCUCUGUCUGCUCUGCGGAAUGUUGGAAGGGGUACAAAAGAGUUCUGACUGGCGCUCACGUUUGCUGCUUCAACUGUGAGGCUUGUCCCGCAGGAACUUACGUGGAUAUAAACGAUCUUUUCAAUUGCAAGCCUUGUGAGAUACAUCAGUGGUCUUUGCCAGAGAGUGACGCCUGCCUCAACCGAACUGUAGAAUACCUCCCAUGGAAUGACAUCACUUCGGCAGUGCUGAUAAUCACCUCAGUCAUGACACUGCUUCUGACUGUAGCCACGGCAGGCCUUUUCCUGCUAAACCUGAACACCCCAGUGGUCAAAUCGGCGGGUGGAAAGACAUGCCUGCUCAUGUUGUCCUCCCUGGCGUGUGCGUCCUGCAGUGUGUACGGUCACUUCGGCGUCCCCACGGCCGUGGGUUGCGCAUUCCUCCGGGAACUGUUCUCCUUCAGCUUCACCAUCUGCCUCUCCUGUGUCGCCGUCAGGUCAUUUCAAAUCGUGUGCAUUUUUAAAAUGUCUGGCAAGCUGCCAAAGGCUUAUGAGUUCUGGACCAAAAAUAACGGUCCACAUGUAUUUAUCUUAGUCACUUCUGCCAUUGGGUUCUUUAUUUCACUUCUGCGCAUUGUCCUGGAUCGUCCUGUACCAAUUGAGAACUAUAGCAUCUCUCCUGAUAAGAUCGUGUUGGAAUGCAGCGGGACCCAGUCUGUAGGCUCCGCUAUGGAGACAGGGUACGUGGGAUUGCUCAGCUUCUUGUGUUUUGCAUUUAGCUACAUGGGGAAAGAUUUGCCAGCGAACUACAAUGAAGCCAAGUGUGUCACGUUCAGCCUGUUACUAUAUUUAGUCUCUUGGCUUGGUUUCUAUACCACCUACGCAGUCUACAAAGGAAAGUAUACCCCAGCUUUUAACACCGUCGCUGUAUUGGCUAGUGUGUUGGGUAUACUCGGGGGUUAUUUCAUGCCCAAGUGUUAUAUUAUUCUGCUGAAACCUCAGCUUAAUACUGCAGCGCAUUUUCAGAAUUGCAUUCAAAUGUACACGACCAAGAAAAGUGAUCAUUAAUGCUAAAAUGUUACUGCAAGUAAUCUUUCUGUACUUUAAAAGCCAAUGGAAUUAAGACAGUACAUUUAAGGAUCCUGCUGUUAAUGGCAUUAUUUAUUUAGUUUAUAAUAAUGUUUAAAAUACUUGCAAGUUUAUUAUUAUUUAUUAUUAUCUCUGUAACACUUUAAAAUCAUAGAUGCAAGAUCAUAUGAUUAUCAAUAGAGCUUCAUAGGAUUGCAUAGAAGUAACAUAUGAAUAGCAAAUUUGUGUUUGUUAUUUUGUAAUGAUGUUUCUACUCUUGAAGAUAAAUACAUUUUUUUAAAAUUGCCAGAAAUUCAUAAUGAAUUCAAGUUGAACACCACAGCAGCAGCAGCUAAUGCCCUGGAAUUCAGUGGAAUGUGCAGUGAUUGUAUGAAAGUUUAAACAUUUGUUUAUUAUUAUCAAUUGUGGCUUGAUUUAGUUUCAACAAUAUAAAUAUCAUAAACAGCUAUAUUUUCCUUACUAAAUACUGAACGUAUGUUACUUGUAUAUCUGUUGUAACCCAGCUAUCUUUGUGUAUUCAUAUAUU